AUGGCACCUAAGAAGUCCCCCACAAGCUCCCGAACCACCCACCACCCUUUCCUCCUCUCUAUUGAAGAUGUGGCAACCCAACUAGGAACCAGCAUUGAAACUGGUUUGAGUGCCCGUCGCGUCCAAGAAUUGCAGAAUUCCAAUCCACCAAACGAACUAGAAGGCGGAGGAGGAACACCCUGGUACAGGAUCCUACUGAAACAAUGUAGUAACGCCAUGAUCCUCGUAAGUUCCCCAUUCUGCCCCCAAAAAUAAAUGAUAAACUAGGUGGAAAAUGAGCUGACAAAAUCAAGGUUCUGGUCUUUGCAAUGGCUCUAAGUUUCGGAGUAGAAGACUAUGUUGAAGGCGCGGUAUUGGUUGCUGUCAUUGUACUGAAUGUCAGUAUUGGAUUCUUUCAGGAAUUCAAGGCCGAGAAGAAGAUGGAUUCUCUUCGUGCUCUUUCCUCGCCUAGUGCGGCGGUCCUUCGCGAUGGCCAGAUUGACACAAUUCCAAGGUUUGUCUUUUCUAAAUCCCCCUUUCAAAUUCCAUGAAAUUUCUAACUUCCGAAAAUAGUUCUGAAGUUGUCCCGGGAGACAUCGUCAUCCUCAAGACCGGCGACACAGUCCCUGCAGACGUGCGACUCUUCGAGGUCAUGAAUCUCAACUGUGAUGAGAAAUCACUGACAGGAGAGUCCGAGCCCGUUGAAAAGAUUAUCGAGAACAACAUCACAGUUCCAGGUUCGGAUGGAAGACUCGCAAGUGAGGAAGGAGAAGUCGGUAUUGGUGAUCGAUUCAACAUGGCCUAUUCCACAACGACAGUGACUAAAGGUCGGGGUCGUGGUAUCGUAACCUAUACUGGAAUGGAGACAGAAGUUGGAAAGAUUGCAUCGAGUACCACUAAGAAACAAAGAAAGAAAGGAAGGAGCAUGAACUACAAGAAAUACGGCAAGAUUCAACCUGUCAAAGGACUUGCCAGACGAGUUUAUGAUGCCGUCGGCUCAUUUCUGGGUCUCACUGUGGGAACACCCUUGCAACGAAAGCUUUCGAAAUUGGCAUAUGUCCUAUUCGGAUGUGCAAUCUUGCUUGCUAUCAUCGUAUUCGGUGUUAACAAAUUCAAUGUGACCGACGAGGUCGCAAUUUAUGCCAUUUCGACUGGCAUUGCGAUUAUCCCGGAGUCUUUGAUCGCGUAAGUAGCCCCAUAGCUGUUAAAAUGAUCUAUUAGCACUAACUUGUUACAGUGUCUUGACCAUUACAAUGGUCGUUGGAAUGACAGUCAUGCGAAAAGCGAAUGUUGUUAUCCGAGAUUUGUCUGCCCUUGAAGCUCUUGGUGGAAUAACCAAUAUUUGCUCAGACAAGACUGGAACUCUCACUCAAGGUGCCAUGAUUGUCAAGAAAGUAUGGCUGCCAAAAGUUGGCAUCUACACCGUCAACAAUUCAAUGGAUCCAAAAGAUCCCACACAAGGAGAUGUCACCAAGGGAGUUGCUCCCACUCAACAGGAAACUCAAACAUCAGAAGCGCCCGACUACGAUAUCCAACGCAGUGCAGCGGCUUUGAAAUUUAGCCUACCAGUCCAAAAGGGAGCGGCGCAGACAGAGCCUCAACAAUCCGUUUACACCAAGGCAGAAGAGGAAGCCACGAUAACCCCAGAGCUCGAAGCUUUUCUGGAGCCAGUAGCAUUGUGUAAUCUCGCUACUGUGAAGCUAGAACAAGUCGAAGGAUACCAGGAAAAGAAAUGGCAAACAACUGGCGAACCUACCGAAAUCGCACUCCAGGUCUUUGCCCAUCGUUUUGAUUCUGGCAAAAGGAAACUUGAAAGCUCCGGAUGGAAACAAAUUGCCGAGUUUCCAUUUGAUAGCAGCAUCAAGCGCAUGUCGGUAGUUUAUGAGUCUCCCAGGGAUGAAAGCAGCAUGGUGUUUACCAAGGGCGCUGUGGAACGGAUCCUCGACUUCUGCUCUUCCCUCGGCACAGGCGAAAAUAACGAGACCAUGACAGACGAACUCAAAGAGCACAUUUUAUUUCAAAUGAACGAACUCGCAUCUCAGGGACAACGGGUCCUCGCGGUUGCCUCCCGAAGAUGGGAUGGCGUUUUUCCAACUCAGAAAAAGAACAGCGAUGAGUUCAGAUCGGAGGUCGAGCAAAAUCUGACUCUCGUUGGACUGGUGGGAAUUUACGACCCCCCUCGAGAUGAGACAAAAGCUGCCGUCGCAGAGUGCUCAAAUGCUGGAAUAAAAGUUCACAUGUUAACCGGCGAUCAUCCUUCGACAGCUGAAGCAAUUGCCAAAGAGAUUGGGAUCAUUCCUCGAAAUCUAGGUAUUCUCCCAGCUGAUGUGGCACAAUCAAUAGUCCAAAAAGCAACCGAUUUCGACAAGCUUACGGAUGACGAGAUUGAUGCAAUGCCCGAGCUCCCUCUUGUUAUUGCUCGCUGUGCUCCUGAUACUAAAACACGCAUGAUUGAAGCACUUCGCCGAAGAGGACUCUUUAUGGCCAUGACUGGCGAUGGUGUAAAUGACGCACCAAGUCUGAGCUCUGCAGACGUCGGAAUCGCUAUGGGACUUGCUGGUUCUGAUGUCGCUAAAGGGGCAGCAAAGAUUGUGCUAACCGAUGAUAAAUUCAACAGCAUUGUCACAGCAAUUCGAGAAGGCCGAAGAAUGUUUGACAAUAUCCAAAAAUUCGUACUCCAUCUUCUUACAUCCAACGUUGGCGAAGUUAUUCUUCUGAUUGCUGGUCUCGGUUUCCAAGAUGAAACAGGCUUCUCGGUAUUCCCAUUGAGUCCGCUUCAGAUCUUGUGGAUCAACAUGGUAAUUAUGUCCCGCCCUGUGGUAUGAACAUUCGUUAAUUUCUUUUCUAGAUUACUAGUUCCUUCCCAGCAUUUGGUCUUGGAAGGGAGAAAGCAAGUUCUGACAUCAUGCGUCGACCACCACAGAACAUGAAAUAUGGCGUUUUCACGCCUCAGGUUAUGGUGGACAUGGUCGUAUAUGGCAUUCUUAUGGGAACAACAACCCUCAUGACAUUCGUCAUUGUCGUAUACGGUGCCAACUCAAGUGAUCUCGGGUACGAUUGCAAUAAGAAGUAUACUGAUGCUUGCGGGCCCGUUUUCCGGGCGCGUGCAGCUGUCUUCGCUGAGCUCACUUGGCAAAUUCUCAUCAGCGCAUUUGAGUUCAAAAACAUGCGUCGUAGUAUGUUCAGACUCGAUCCCGCAACCGAGAGCAGUUUCCCAUUUUUCAAAGAUGUAUGGGAGAACCAGUUCCUCUUCUGGUCUGUUAUCAUUGGCGCCCUUUCCGUCUUCCCAGCUGUAUAUAUUCCGGGCCUCAAUACUUCGGUAUUCAAGCACAUAGGUAUUACUUGGGAGUGGGGCGUGUCUAUUAGUGGUGUUUUCGUAUUCGUUCUUGGGAUGGAAGCUUGGAAGGGAGUCAAGAGGAAGUUCCAUCUCUUUAAGCAGGGCGAAGAGGAUAGUGAGGAGCACGCUAGGAAGAAGCUGAGCUUGAGACAGGGUUUCUUUAGUAUGGCAAAGGGCUCGAGGCCAUCUUCGAUUCGAUCCUUGAGUAGGAGAGGAACUGAGAGAAGUGCAGCAAGUGUUUCGGAGUUUUCGAUGAAGGAGAAAGCGACGGAGGCGGGAACUUUGCGACGAUAG